AGACUCCGCCCCCGGUAGAGGACGAUCUCCUGUUUCAAUAGAUUUCAAAAGGCCUGAUGUUGCUUUCCUGUCAAACUGAUUUCGUUCAAUCACACGGAGUUUGUCCUCAUAAGCCGAAUUGAUUAUUAAGGACGUGUGUAUUUUGGAAAAAAGAACAACCUCAGGAUGGUGAAUGAGGGUGCCGGCGCCCCACGCAGUCGCAGGGGGUCCCAUAAGGUUGCUCCGUCCUCAGACCAGGAUGGGACAGGACCUGAAAGAGCCACAAGAGAGGUGCCCUGCCCCAGUAAUGGAACAGUGGAAGUGGAGCACAUUAUCAGCACAAAACUACAGCUCAAGAAGAAGGCUGAGCAUUUGAAGGCAGACCUGAUGAAGCAGUUUGACACUCAAGUGAAUGAGUUCAUGGACAGCCUGAUAGAGGAGUCUGCCAGUCUGGGUUCCUCCCAUGUGAGCACAGUCUUUCAGUCUCUCUCAGAUAAGGAGAAAAGCAAACUCAGGCAUACACAACCUUCCCAGGGCCCAAGCAAGCAGUUUGUGAUUCGUCGAUCCCUGUUAGAUGAUCUGUUUGAGGUGAACCACAUCCGCACCAUCUAUCACAUGUUCAUCGCCCUCCUCAUCCUCUUCAUCUUCAGCACGCUCGUCGUGGACUUCAUCGAUGAGGGCAGACUGGUGCUUGAGUUUGACCUGUUGGUGUACGCGUUUGGCCAGUUCCCCCUAGUGGUUGUCACGUGGAUGUGUAUGUUCCUGUCCUCCCUUGUGGUUCCAUAUGUACUGCUCAGUGUCUGGGCCAGCGUCUACCCCACGUCAAACUAUCGGGCCUUAUGGACAGUGCUGGCCGGUUCUCUCUUGCUGCUGUACCAGGGGCUGUGUUUGGGUUUCCUACCCACAUAUGUGGUGCUGAAGAACGGCCUUCCUCCUGCUUCAUGCUUCAUACUUAUUCUAGAACAGGUGCGGCUGAUGAUGAAGGCUCACUCUUUCAUCAGGGAAAAUGUGCCGAGAGUACGAUCCUUAGAACGAAACAAAACAAAUUCAGUAGCUGUACCUCAAUUCACCCAGUACAUUUACUUUCUCUUUGCACCCACUCUAAUAUACAGAGACAAUUAUCCACGAAAUCCUUGUAUUCGGUGGGGUUAUGUGGCUACGAAGUUUUUGCAGGUGCUGGGGUGUUUGUUUUAUGCGUAUUACAUAUUUGUGCGGCUGUGUAUCCCUCAGUUUCGCAGUAUCAGUAUGCAGCUCUUUGACCUGAGGGCCAUGGUGUUGUGUGUCUUCAACUCUAUACUGCCAGGGGUGCUGGUGCUUUUCUUGGCGUUCUUUGCCUUUCUUCAUUGCUGGCUUAACGCAUUUGCUGAAAUGCUGCGAUUUGGAGACAGAAUGUUUUAUAAGGACUGGUGGAACUCCACUUCAUUUGCUAACUAUUACCGCACAUGGAAUGUUGUAGUACACGACUGGCUUUAUUAUUAUGUCUACAGGGACUUCCUUUGGAUGACACAGAAGCGAUUCCGUGCGGCGGCCAUGUUAGUUGUUUUUACCGUGUCUGCUGUGGUGCACGAGUAUGUCCUGGCCAUCUGCUUUGGCUUCUUCUAUCCCGUCCUGUUCUGCCUCUUCAUGUGCUUCGGAAUGGCGUUUAACUUCGUUCUUCAUGACCGAAGAAAAGGGCCGAUCUGGAACGUGAUCAUGUGGACUGCGCUGUUCUUGGGACAGGGGGUUCUCAUCUGCCUGUAUUCUCAGGAGUGGUACGCUCGGCACUACUGCUCCAUUGAAGAGCCCUCUUUCAUAGACUUGCUGAAGCCUCGAUCUUGGACUUGUUAUCCACAGACUAACACUGCUGUGUUCGCUCACUAAGCCACACCUCCAGCUGCCAGAUGAAUGCGAUUCAUACUGGAUGAAGGAAGCACAACUUGUUCUGGAACUUUUUUAGCAUUCUAUAUGUAUUGCACUAUGACCAAACAAAGUGAAAAGUGACAAUCUUAUUUUAUAAUCAUGAAGAUAAUGUUUUACAAAGAGGCCUUGGAUAUUUUAUUUGUUGAAAUCUUAAUAUUUAUGAUAACAUCUGUAACAGAAUGUAGAAUAUCUAUAAUGUGCAAAAUCAGAUUUCUAAGUAACAGUCUAGUUCGCUUUCGACAAUCUAUUUUUAGAAGCCUUUGUGAUGUCAUAAUGUUGAUAUCAGAUUAUAAAUGUGUUUUGUGUACUGCCAUUUCUUAGAUAGUGUUUGAUAUUGUGGUGUUAUUCUAGUAGUGGAGAGGCCAUGAACUCGAAGAGUAUAGAUGUGGCACAUUUUGACCAGUUUUGCCUGGACCUCACAAAAUUCUAGAAUGUUUACAAGCGGGGUUGUGAAUUCUGAAACCCCAGUGGAUUUAAUUUAUGUGCCAUACUGCUGUGAAACACAAUUGUUUACUUCUUACCUUUCAUUCCUAGAGUUUUAAUUAAAAUGACUAAAAUUAAAAUGGGGAAGUUCUCCAUUCUGCCAAUUUUAUUUACUUUACUUUAUUUCGUUUUUAAGAGUUAGACUGGUAGCCUGGACUAAGAGUUCUGGAUAUUUAGACUUUUUUUUUUUUUUUUUGUUCCUAGAGCUGAACUAAUUGGAUACUAAUUUAAAAGCCAUGAUUUAGAAAUCAUUUAUUUAUCACAAGAUAGGGUGUCAGAUGUUUGAAGUGUUGAGGUGUUGCAGCUGGCUGCACUCAUGUGAUCAUUGUGCUAUUACAAAUGGUUUUCAAGCACAAUCCCUUUAUUAGUUAUUAAUUAUUGUUAGAUACACUACCAGGAUUUAUUUUAAAAACUACGACAUUUUGAAUGUCAUUUAUCAGUGCAAAAAAUCAAGUGUCUCUCUAUUAUUGAGUAUAUUUAUAAAAAAUUACCUGCAAUAACUGUGAUGACCAGCAGGUGGUGGCGGAGAGUUGAAUGUUAGGACUACAAAGCAUUUUAGAUUUUUUCCACACCUGUCAUGUAAAUGAUUUGUAUUUUCCAGAAUAGUCGAUGACUGUAAUUUUCUUGACAAAAAACGUGAUCAAUGUUUUGGAAUAAUUAAAACAGAUGCCAUAUUUUUAAACUAAUUUUCAUCAUAAUUUAUUUUGUGAAAUGUUCAGUUCAUAGGCUGUCCCAGCAUGUUCUGUAAUGGACAAAUAAACAGUUUCAGUGUA